GACAUGGUGCAAUACGUCUUCACGCCGUGGAAGGACCGGGGCGAGCUACUCCAGGUUCGUCGACAAUUCUUCCCCCAGCAAGUCUCGCAGCACACGACCACAGCCGCGUCGGGAAAUGCUGCCGCUGCGACCGCAGCUUCAUCGAGCUUCAGCUCCAGUUCCAGCUCCAGCAGCAGGGCGGAAAAGAAGAGCGCUGUGUCUCGCGUGUCCAUGUGGAUGCAGCGCGGUGGCUGCCCUCACAUGGUCGAGUCCACGGCCCUCUUGAUCGCCGCCAUGAUCGCAGACGAGGAGUCGAUUUUGCUGCCAUCUGGGAAGGGCGCCACCGAUUCCAACUCUUCGUAUGCCGUGCGCGCCUCCUAUUCGGCCGCAUUCAGUCGCUUUGUAACAGGGCUUCUCGACAGCCACCAGGACAAGGCACACAAGAUGAGCAUGUACUCGGUGGCCAAGACCAUCGGGCUACCGGCGAACUUCGUCGAGCUGCGGCAUCAGGCUACGCAUGAACAGCUGCCCUCGCUGACCAGGCUACGUGCCGGCGCCCAGGCCGGUCUGGUUUGGAUCUGGGACUACUACUGGAAGCAACUUUCGGCUACAGACGGGGACGAGGACCAAGUCCCGGUUGUGGCCGACCGUAGUGUUGCUGCACCACACGCAGAACAAGUACCACUGACGACCGCAUCGGCGUGCAGAGAUGCGCUGCGGCGUUAUCUGGAUAUGGGCAAGGAGGAUCUGCCGACUAUCGCCAGUUUUGUCCGGAGAUGGGGCAGGGCGAGAGUCCUUGGCGUGCUUGACGCGAUCGGUGACGAAGCGGGGGCGUCUCACCCGAUGGAUAACAGGUUGGUCUUGGGGACUCUGAAGUUGGCCAGGCAGGUCACCGAGAUGGAACAGGCACGGGACAAUGACGGCAGUGCAGAUUUGCUCGAGGAUAGAGGGGCGUCGAGGUCUGACCUAGACCAGGCGCCAGUACAGAUGCAGGGCGUCACCGCCGAUGUCAUGGUCACAACAUCUCAAGAUGUCGAGCAAGCGGGUGGCUGGAUUCGCCCUAAAGGCUCAUGGCGACAAAAGCCGAUAGGGGUUUUCUCCUUCAUUCCUCGACGCACCAUGCAGAUCAAGUCUAUCCCCAUGUGGGUGGGUAGUAGUGACAACUACGCCUACCUGGUCGUUGACGACAAGUCCAAGGACGCUGUUAUCAUAGAUCCGGCGAAUCCGGAAGAGGCCGCUCCUCCUGUCAAGAAAGCCAUCGAAUCCGGCGAAAUCAACCUGAAGGCUAUUGUGAACACCCACCACCAUUGGGAUCAUUCUGGUGGCAACAAGAAAUUUCGCGAUGCACUGAACCUUCCAGACCUGCCGAUCUUUGGAGGCAAAAACUGCGAAGCCGUCACUACCACGCCUGCCAACGGAGAGGGCUUCCCCUUUGGCAGCAUCCAGGUUAAGGGCCUAUACACGCCCUGUCACACGCAGGACAGUAUUUGCUGGUUUAUGCAGGAUGGAGAUGACAAGGUCGUUUUCACUGGCGACACCCUCUUUCACGGAGGCUGCGGCAGGUUCUUUGAGGGAACUCCGGAAGAGAUGAAUACUGCCUUGAACAAGACCUUGGCUGCCUUGCCGGACGAUACUCGAGUCUUUCCUGGACAUGAAUACACCAAGUCGAACGUCAAGUUUGCCAUCUCGGUCCUGCAAAGCGAGCCUGUUCAGAAGCUGCAUGAGUUUGCAGAGAACAACAAGGAGACUCCGGGCCAAUUCACCAUUGGUGACGAGAAGAAACACAACGUUUUUAUGCGGAUGGACGAUCCAGUGGUUCAAAAGGCGACUGGCGAGACAGACCCAGUCAAGGUCAUGGCCAAGCUCCGCGAGAUGAAGAACAACUUCAAAUGA